AUGGUUCUCCUGGAGACUUACCAGGGCGGCGACUACAUGACCGAGAAGGCCUGUCAGUCGUGCGCAGCAGGGACUUUCGUCUUCGAAGAAGCAUCGACAGAAGCGGGGGUGUCCUACGCCGCCGAUCCCUUGUCGUGCCAAGCCUGCCCCGACGACAAUAUGUCCUUCGGGUUAGACGGCCAAUGCUCUUGCAAUGAUGGGUACACAAUCGUGGGAGCAUCGGCACUGGGACCGCUUCGGUGCGUCGUGACGUCCCACGUCACCGCCAUCGCGGCGUGGAGGGGCUCGAGCGCGUCUACCGUGACCUACCGAAGUCUCAUCACCGCGGUGCAGUCGACCCUUCCCCCAUCGGAGACCCUUACGUCACUUACCCUGGAGCACCUCUUCACCUGGGCGGGCGCCAGCUGCUACAGCUACACCGGCUCCGGUGGAGACGGCCUGCAGGCCUGCCAGAGCUUAGGCAACCUCUGCGCGCUACAGCUGCACGACCCUUCGUCCAUGGCCUGCUCGCUGUUCUCCGCGGUGCUGAACAAUCGCCUCGGGAACAACCACGGCCAGACGGGGUGGGGGGUGACCCUGCCUUGGCUGACCUACAUCGAAGAGGCUUCGGACGUUCGAGACGGCACAGACAUCGAGAUGCAGCUAACGUUCGCCAGCGAGAUGAGGAUAAUCCUUGCCAAGUACUCCCUCGACGGCACGUGGCUCGGCAUGGAAGAAAUGUCUACCCAGCCAUACUACUGCGGGGUGGGCGCGCCAGACACCUCGGCAGGCGGAGGUCAGAGCCGAAGCUCCAAGUACCUAAAGUUUGGGCACAGCAUGACGGAGACCUUCGAGUGCGACCUCAAGUCGCUUCUCGGAGAGGAAGCCUUCUUCUACGACCCGUACAUCGUCGACGAGGCUACCGGCGAGCUUCACCCCAUAGCGGUGUUGAAUGUAAACUACGGUGACGGCGUGAGCACACCCAACCUGAACAUCCGAGCGUUGGACGAACUCGACGACGUUUUCACCCGGCGGUUUUUCUUCUUUGACAGCGUUUCCGGGUAA